AUGGUCGUCUACUCGCUCUACAUCUACGACAGGCAUUGCACGUGCUGCUUCUACGCCGACCUCACCCAGCGAGCCGCGCCCGAACCGGGGCCCUCUACUCUCCCUUUCGUGCUCCCUCCCUCGUCCAACUCCUCCUCGUCUCAGCCCAACACCGCGGCAAACGGCUCGCUCGACCCGUCAGACGAUCGACCGCCGUACGAUGUGCCUGAUGCACACGCGAACGGCGUCAAUGGAGCGGUAGUCGCGGGCGCGGAAAAGGGCAAAGGCAGGCUUGCCUUUGACGAGGAGGCAAAGCUCGUGUACGGCGUCGUCUUCAGCUUGCGAAACAUGGUCAACAAGCUCUCCUCAAGAGGGGAAGAAUCGUUCCACUCGCUCUCGACCUCGUCCUACAAGCUGCACUACCUGCGAACCCCGACAGCCUAUCACUUCGUCCUCCUCUCCUCCCCACAACCGACUUCUCUCCGCCCGCUCCUUCGACAGAUCUACACCGGCCCAUUCAACGAGUGGAUCGUCCGAAACCCGCUUGCACCGGUCGAUACAGCGAAGGACGGGAAGGGGAUCGAUAAUGCGGCAUUCAGGAGAGCGGUGGAGAAGCUGUUGCAGAGUGCUUGA